UGGGGGAAAGUCCGGUUCCCGCUGGUACACAUUCCAUUUGUUUAUCUGAUCGAAACUUGGCAAAUGUCAACUCGCCUCUGGGAUCCAGUCAGUUCGAAACAGAAAGUGUUUUCACGAGCCAAAGUAAAAGAGGGGACGGCAUCUGUGUUCUUUCCCAAUCUCAGACAGACAUCAGGAGACUUCACACUUACACAAGACAACAUGGAGGCCUGAACGUAGCCGUUUUUGCGCUGAUUCCCCUGGAUCAGACAGAAUUUGCCACGCGUCCCAUUAUAAAUGGUGAUUUUCCUUGGAUCAGUUCGAACUUCGGUGAACUGAGUCUGGAAAUGGUUUCAUACCAUACAAUAAGACUCCUUCCUGUCAUGUUCUGCAUCAUCCCAUCAUUUGCAGAUAGUUUCUUGAAAUUAAGUUGUGAGUCUUCAGUGACGGGAACAUUUAAUGAAGACACUAAAAUACAGUGCACAGCAACUUCAGAAAAGGAGUGGAAAUUGAUAGAGAUUGGACUUUUUAAAAUGGAAAAAAAAAGAAAUGUAGCAGUUUUUAACUUCAAAGAAAGUGUCAAUGAAGUACAAGGUCGGAUUAAAUUACUUCAUCCAGGAUCUCAAAAUAUGUCACUGAUGAUCCAGAACACACAGGUGUCAGAUAGUGGGAAAUAUCAAUAUUAUUUGCAGACAACAAUUGGUCACAGAAUUUCUCAAUUUGAAUUGAAGGUAAAAGCUCCAUACCACAUGACCAUGGUCCCAAAAAUGUUCUCAUCAACGAGAAGAGGAAGUAUUAUUUGUGAAGCAACUGGAUAUCCACAGGCUGAGAUGCACUGGUUCUUCAAUGGAACAAUGAACCUCACAUCCCAGGCUAAUACUAAUAGUGAAGAAACACCACAGGGACUGUACAAAAUCACCAGUACUCUUCAACUGAAAGCAGAAACAGAAGUGUCAGAAUGCGUUUAUACUUGUGCCAUGUGGAAUGUGGAAGACAGUCUAUAUGCGGACCAGGAAAAGGUUUCAAUCUGUCGUGAAAACCUUCCCUUUGCUGAGAUUAUUGGAGAGGAAAGGAAAAAUGUAGUUGUCUUUGUGAUUAUGGCACUACUUUUUGUUGCAUUCGUAAUCGUUGCUGUUCUGCAAUUUAAGAGAAGAUCAUAUCCAAAAAUUAGAAGAGAAUCUCAAAAACCAAUGAUUACAAUUGAUGAGAUGACUGAUGUUUAAUAGUCGCGGUGGUGACUAUUUCUUAUUUCUACUUGCAACAAGUCUACUGAUGGUGACAACUUUAAGAAAAUGUGAUAUGAAAUGUCAAUCACAUCGUAUCAUAUGUGAAUGAUGGAAGAUGAAUGUAAACCUCAUGAGUUAUUUCACAAACUGUCCCUUCCUGUAUUAUGAUCAGCUGGAAACUGCAGUUUUGAGUGCAGUUCUCAUCCAGGAUAAUACACCUGACUGAGCUGAACUCUUCACUAAUUUUUUUCUCUGUAAAGAAACAAUGCUUCACAUUAGUUGCCUAUGAACACCAUCGGUCUAACACAGCAUUGGUAUACAAAAGCUACAUGCUAAAGAACUUGGCUUUCAAUCUGGGCUGCCUUUUAUCAAGAAGAUGCCUAUUUUACAGCUGAUGUAAAUUUUGGAUCAAUUACAGUGUGCUGAAAGAAAAUAUCUUCAGCUCCAUUUUUUUAAAUACAGAUGUAUAUAUAUUUAUGGUUUGAUCACAGAAAUAUAUUUGUAAACAUAUAUUUGUGAUUUGUUCACAGAAAUACUAUGAAUGGCUUUGACUGUUGAACUGUAUUUUUCAACUGGGUUAAGAGAUAUUGUAGCUGCAGGCAAUUAAUUUGGAAAACUGAGAUUUCAGUAUUUUCUGAAAUUUAAACACUGAUCAUUAUGUUUGUACACUAAUUACUUUAAAUCAGUCUAAUGUAGAACAGGUUGAUGUAUAUUGUUCUCCAACAUAUUGCAUUAAUUUAACCCCAUUAUAUGCCAACUAUUACUUGACAGAAGUGAAUAUAUGUACAGCUUUAGUCUAAAUCUGAUUUAGCUGAAUAACACAUAAAUACAUUUUGUAAAGUAUUAA